GCGCAAGUGAUCAUCGAAGACUUCUCCGCUGCUGCAGUGGAGAUCUUUCUGCGUUGUUUCUACUCGGGUGUCGUGGAGGGCCCACUGACCACCUUGGUGGAGGUGGGGAAGAUGGCCGACAAGUAUCAGGUGGACCAGCUGCACACGCUGUGCACGCAAGCGGUCCGCAAGAUGAUGAAGCCUGAGGUGGCCUGCGACCUCUUUGCAUGCGCCGAUCGCCUCGAGGUGCCGAGCCUACGCCGUGAAGCCCUGGAGCAAAUCUGGAUCCAUCCCAAGGCUGCGCUGAAGAUCCGCCCAAACCUGCGACCGAGGUUGUUGGAGGAGAUCUUGGACUCGCCGCUGCUCUGCGUCGAUGACGACGACUUGGUGAGCCUCCUCAACAGCUGGAGCCAUGG